CGCUGGCGAGCGGGCCGGGCCUUGGGAGCGCGGAAGCCGGGUGCGCAGGGUAUGGCUUCCUGGGGUGGGCCCGAGCUCUCGGCACUGAAUCCGCUGCGCGCCCUGUGGCUCACGCUGACCACCGCCUUCCUGUUGACCUUGUUGGUACAGCUCAUGCCGGCCGGCCUACUUCCCGGCUGCGCGCUUUUCCAGGACCUGAUCCGCUAUGGGAAAACCAAGUCUGAGGGGCCGUCGCGCCGGGCCGUCUGCCGGGUCUUUGAUGUCCCCAAGAGGUAUUUUUCUCACUUCUAUAUCCUCUCAGUGCUGUGGAAUGGCUUCCUGCUUUGGCACCUUACUCAGUCGCUGUUCCUGGGAGUGCCUUUUCCAUACUGGCUGCAUGGUCUGCUCAGAAUUCUCGGGGCUGCCCAGUUCCAAGGGGGGGAGCUGGCGCUGUCCGCGUUCCUAGUGUUAGUAUUUCUGUGGCUGCACAGCCUGCGGAGGCUCUUCGAGUGCUUCUACGUCAGUGUCUUCUCCAAUGCUGUGAUUCACGUCGUGCAGUACUGUUUUGGACUCUUCUACUAUGUCCUCAUCGGCCUAACCGUGCUGAGCCAGGUGCCGAUGGACGGCAGGAAUGUCCAUGUGGUAGGAAAAAAUCUCUUGAUGCAAGCCCGGUGGUUCCAUAUCCUCGGAAUGAUGAUGUAUAUCUGGUCGUCUGUCCAUCAGUACAAAUGCCAUGUCAUCCUCGGCAAUCUCAGGAAAAAUAAAGCAGGAGUGGUCAUUCACUGUAACCACCGAAUCCCUUUCGGAGACUGGUUUGAAUACGUUUCUUCCCCUAACUACUUAGCAGAACUGAUGAUCUACAUUUCCAUGGCUGUCACCUUCGGAUUCCACAACUUGACUUGGUGGCUAGUGGUGACAUAUAUUUUCUUCAACCAGGCCCUAUGUGCUUUGCUCAGUCACAGAUUCUACCAAAGCAAAUUUGUCUCCUAUCCAAAGCAUAGGAAAGCUUUCCUACCGUUUCUGUUUUAAUAUAACCUCGGUCAUGAAGAACGCAAACCAGAUGACAGGUUCAAUUCCUAAGGACAACAAAGUCUAGGGACCAAAGUACACUUUCUGCAGAACCAUUUGAAACUCUCUAUUCCCUUUAUAUGCCGACAAGUCUUUACUGAAUGAGCAAAGCAGUACCCCUCAAAAAGAUGGGUCUUCAAAGAAGAAAUACUCCUGGCAGACCGGGGAGGGCUGGGUCUGCCUCCGGAGAUGCCUUAUCAAACCAGCCAGCUGCUAAGACGUAGGUGAGACUUCUCCAAGCUGCUUCAAGAGCGAACUAACCAAGAAUACACGAACAGCUUCACCCAGGCACGUGCAUCCACAAAGGAAGAGAGGACACCGUCUGAGGCUUCGGUUUUGCUAGGGGCAGACGAACUGGACCACAGAACAAGCGGUGUAGUAGGCUCUCAGGAACUGUUACAUUUCAGUUAAAGCAAGCUUUUGAAAAUUAUAAUAUAUAAUUUCACACCAACAGAUUCAGGGAAAAAUGACUUUGUGGGAAAUAGUUGAUACUUUCACACAUGGCCACAAAAGUUGCACAAUAGUGGUUUCCACUUAUCUCCCCCUCAAACCAUAGCCUCACAGAAAAUUUGGAACUUUCUUUUUUUAAUUUUUUUUAUUUUUAUUUUUUUUUU